UGGAACAAAUGUGAAGCCUCAACAAUAUGCAUCCAUAAUUGUUUCGAAUAUUUUGUUUAUCUGGAACCCUAAACCUCAACCUCGGAGGGAGCAGAGGCGAGAAAUGAGAUCGAGAGGGAACAGAGAGGGAUCGGAGAAGCACUGUUUGAGGCGGAUGACCUGGUUGUGGCGGCCCUCGUCGAGAAACUCGUGAAGAAGCUCGAAUGCGUUUCUUUCAGUGUUUGUUGUUAAUGCCGCUGGUGCGUGUUGCAGUUGGUGCAGCGGUGCGAGCGGGCACCCGUAAUUGGGUCCGUUGGGUUUCGGGUGGGGCAUCGAGUCCGAGCCUUUCGAUAUGGCGGCGGAAGAAGGAGAUUGGCAAAGAAGGGCUGCUCGUGGCCAAAGAGCUCAAGAGGCUCCGGUCCGACCCGGUCCGCCUCGACCGCUACAUCCGGUCCAGCGUCUCCCGCUUGCUCAAGUCCGACCUUGUGGCCGUCCUCGCUGAGUUCCAGAGACAGAACCAAGUCUUCCUCUGUAUCAAGUUGUAUGAAAUAGUCCGGAAAGAAAUAUGGUACAGGCCGGACAUGUUUUUUUACAGGGACAUGCUGAUGAUGCUUGCACGAAACAGAAGGGUGGAAGAAUCUAAGAGAGUUUGGGCUGAUUUGAAAGAGGAACAAGUUUUAUUUGAUCAGCAUACAUUUGGGGAUAUUAUCAGAGCUUUUCUGGAUAACGGGUUGCCCUCAGAGGCAAUGGAGAUAUAUGAAGAAAUGAGACAGUCUCCUGAGCCUCCUCUUUCGUUGCCUUUUCGUGUGAUACUGAAAGGGCUCAUUCCUUAUCCAGAAUUAAGAGAGAAAGUAAAACGUGACUUCUUAGAAAUUUUCCCAGAUAUGAUCAUCUACGACCCUCCGGAAGACUUGUUUGAAGAUCAUUAGCAGCACAACGAUGGGGAUAAUAAGAAUAUUAUUGCUUACUGGACUUUUGGACCACUUUUUGUUUAGAGAGACUACGCAUGACAAGUUUACAAUGAAUAAGUAUUAUUUGCGUCAUUAAUAUUCUUACGC